ACGACGUUAAACAAAUGUCACGACGAUAAAUAAUAGGGAAGAUAAAUUAAAAUCGAAUAGAAACUGAUCAAUUCAAGCUGUCGUAACACUUUGUCUUAUCACUUUACUCACGAACUAAAUUUUGUUUCGAUUGCAGUGAAGGAGCAAUAUUAGACUAUAAUUGUUUCUUGUCCACAUAUUAGUGUUAAUUGAUUAUAAACUCUAUACUAGGAAAAAAAAUUGAGAAACAAACUUGGAUGAUGAAAAUCAUAGAAUUAAAUUGAAAUUCUUUUAUAUAUUCGGGCGUGAGUUUAUGAGUACUCGACGUGGACAUAUUCAGUAGACGUCAUUACACUGUUUGCGAUAUUGUGAUUCUCCAUUAAAACAUUCCUCGUUGUUGCCACCGUAUUAUAAUUUAUCAAAUUGAAAUGUCGUGGAUGCGUGACAAUAGUUUGAAUUGGGCGCAGAAAUUUGCGCUCAAUGUGAUAAAAACGGGCAAAAUUCCACGUCAUGUGGCAUUCAUAAUGGAUGGCAAUCGUCGUUAUGCGAAGAAAUUACAUUUGAAUGCGAGCUCAGACGGUCACAUUCAUGGCUUUGAUAAGCUUGCUGAGGCGCUGCAAUGGUGCUUAGACAUUGGCAUCGCAGAAGUAACAGUCUAUGCAUUUAGCAUUGAAAAUUUCAAACGAAGCGACGACGAAGUGAAUGCUCUCUUGGAAUUGGCACGUGAAAAAUUUCGAAAAUUUAUGGAAGAAAAAGAUGAGCUUAACAAACGUGGUGUUUGCAUUCGAAUGAUUGGCAAUUGGAAAUUAUUGCCACUUGAUCUACAAAAGUGCAUGGCCGAUGUAAUGCUACUAACGAAACAUAACAAUAAAUCAUUUUUAAAUGUGGCAAUCGCAUAUACGUCUCGCGAUGAAAUCACCGAAUCGAUACGAGAAAUUGUUGACGGUGUUAAACGAAACGAACUAGAACCAAAUGAUAUUACCGAUAAUUUGAUACGACGAUGCAUGUACAGUGACAAAUGCACCGAUCCAGAUUUGUUAGUUCGCACUUCAGGAGAAUCACGUUUGUCAGACUUUUUACUGUGGCAGGCGUCAACCUCAAUAGUUUACUUUACCAAAACACUUUGGCCCGAAUUCACAUUUUGGCAUUUUUUGGGCGGUAUGAUCUACUAUCAACGGCACUAUCAAAAAAUGAACAGUGUAAAACAGUCGAUGCAUCAUUUCUCGAAUUUCAUAGCCGAUGGAACACUUCCAAACGAUCUUCAACAAAUGCGACAAACAAUGGAAACCGAAACAAGCACAAAAGUGGACACUUUCAGUCAGGGUGCCACUGAAUUUCUGGAGAAAUUUGAUAAACGAAAAAAUAACUAUUUGAUGGAGUUAUCAAAUCUUAAAAUAUAAAAGGUUAAAUUGUAUAUAUUUAUAUGUAUUUCAAAUCGCAUGAACAAUUUGUU